GGGAAGGCAGGGCCGAGAGGCGGGGGUCGGCCUGCGUGGGGCCGCGCGGCGGCAGCGGCGACGACUCCAGCGACUCCGGAGACUCCGGGCGGGACCGCGCGGGGCCAUGGCCGAGGCGGCCCCGGCUCCGACUUCUGAAUGGGACUCCGAAUGCCUUACGUCGCUGCAGCCCCUUCCUCUUCCCACACCCCCAGCAGCAAAUGAGGCACACCUGCAGACUGCGGCCAUCUCCCUGUGGACAGUGGUGGCAGCUGUGCAGGCUAUCGAGAGAAAGGUGGAGGUCCACAGCCGGCGACUCUUGCACCUAGAAGGACGGACGGGGACAGCAGAGAAGAAGCUAGCCAGCUGUGAAAAGACGGUGGCUGACCUUGGGAACCAACUGGAGGGCAAGUGGGCUGUGCUGGGGACCCUGCUGCAGGAGUAUGGGCUGCUGCAGAGACGGCUGGAGAACUUGGAGAACCUACUGAGGAACAGGAACUUCUGGAUUCUGCGGCUGCCACCCGGCAUUAAAGGAGAUAUCCCGAAGGUGCCUGUGACAUUUGAUGAUAUCUCCAUCUACUUUUCCACUCCGGAGUGGGAAAAAUUGGAAGAAUGGCAAAAAGAACUUUACAAGAAUAUCAUGAAGGGCAACUACGAGUCUCUCAUCUCCAUGGAUUAUGCCAUGAAUCAACCUGAUGUCUUAUCUCAGAUUCAGCCAGAAAGAGAACAUACUACAGAGGACCAGGCAGGACCAGAGGAAAGUGAGAUUCCCACAGACCCCAGUGAAGAGCCUGGCAUUUCAACAUCAGAUAUUCUGUCUUGGAUCAAACAAGAGGAAGAGCCCCAGGUUGGGGCCCCACAGGAGACCAAGGACAGUGACAUGCACAAGGGCACCUAUGCUGAUGAAGAACUUGUCAUCAAAGCUGAAAGCCUUGCCAGAGCCUCCUUGUGCCCAGAGGUUCCGGUCACCUUCUCUUCUCCACCACCAGCAGCAAAGGAUACUUUUUCAGAUGUGACUUUCAAAGGUCAGCCCUCUGCAUCCAUGGCACCUUUCGGGCGUCCGGCUGCCGACCUGGCUGAAGCCUCUGAAGGACAAGUGACUUUUACUCAGUUGGGUAGCUACCCCCUGCCACCUCCAGCUGGGGAGCAGGUCUUCUCAUGCCACCACUGUGGCAAGAGCCUCAGCCAAGACAUGCUGCUGACCCACCAGUGUAGCCACACGGGUGAGAACCCGUUACCCUGUGCCCAGUGCCCGAAACACUUCCCCCAGCAGGCCGACCUGGGCAGCAGCUCCCAGCCCCAUGCUAGCGAGACGCCCCCCACCUGUCCACACUGCGCCAGAACUUUCACUCACCCGUCCAGACUCACCUACCACCUUCGGGUGCAUAACAGCACCGAGCGCCCUUUCCCCUGCCCUGACUGCCCCAAGCGCUUCGCCGACCAGGCCCGGCUCAGCAGCCACCGGCGAGCUCACGCCAGCGAGCGGCCCUUCCGCUGCGCCCAGUGCGGCCGGAGCUUCAGCCUGAAAAUCAGCCUCCUGCUCCACCAGCGGGGGCAUGCACAGGAGCGGCCCUUCUCCUGCCCGCAGUGCGGCAUUGACUUCAAUGGCCACUCAGCUCUGAUCCGCCACCAGAUGAUCCACACGGGCGAGCGGCCAUACCCGUGCACUGACUGCAGCAAGAGCUUCAUGCGCAAGGAGCACCUGCUGAACCACCGGCGGCUGCACACGGGCGAGCGGCCCUUCAGCUGUGCGCACUGCGGCAAGAGCUUCAUCCGCAAGCACCACCUCAUGAAGCACCAGCGCAUCCACACGGGGGAGCGGCCCUACCCCUGCGCCUACUGUGGCAGAAGCUUCCGCUACAAACAGACACUCAAGGACCACCUACGCUCCGGCCACAGUGGAGGCUGCGGGGGUGACAGCAACCACUCCGGACAGCCACCUGACCCCCCGGGGCCCCUUCUAACGGGGCUCGAAACCUCUGGCCUACCUGUUAACACCGAAGGUCUAGAGGCCAAUCAGUGGUAUGGGGAAGGGAGCGGAGGAGGAGUUUUGUAAACCUCGCUCGUUUCAUGGUUAUCUGUGCUCUCCGGUUAUCUAUGACCACGAGCCCCUCAACCCCCUGCAGCAGUCGCCGUGUGGCACGUCGAUGAGUUUGGGAACUUAUACCCUUGACUAGAGACAUGCUGGAAUUUGGGACCUUGGCAACAUCACAAGAACACCACAUUUUGAAACCCAGAGAGACCUGGAAAGGAGCCCAGCAUCCCAAUCUUUACAAAAGUAUUACCUAAGCAGAAGUUAUAUAAGAAUGUUGCAGAGAGAGAGGUUGCAAAGCAAGAUUUGGCCUCCGUCAAUCCAUCACAGGGUGAUAAGUUGUUAAUGAUUGAUGCUCUAAGUAGAGACAGGUGCAUGGGAAGAGCCUCCAGAGUUUGAACCCCAUCAUGGGGCCUGGGGAUGUUUAAUUGAACCUCAUUCAUUCCUUGAUGGUAAGAUGGUUGUUAGAAGAAAGUGCUGGAGCCUCAGGCCGUGGUACUGCUUCUCCCUGAUAAGAGCUAAAGUCUGCUCAUGUGUUCAUGUUCUGCCUCUCCCAAAAUGAUAACUCAAGACUGCCUUCCUAGGUUUCCUAGAUUAAUUCUAAUACAUUUUGUUUAAUAUUAGGGGAGCAAGAAGUCUGACUUUAAAAGCUUCUUAAGGAGAAUAGUUUGAUUUGAAGAAUUCAAGCUCUUAAUGGCAUUUAAACCACUAGGAACAUUUGCCGAGGUCCUGGCUAAAAAAAGUGGGAGCAGUGUUCUCAGCCCUAGCUUUAAAAUCUAGAGAACCCAGAGAAAUGACAGAACAGCCUAAAAUUUGUGCCUGAACUAUGUUUCUCAACAAGGAGUCAUUCACGUCAAAUUUUUGCUUAUUUUCAUUCAAGCCAAUAGGCUGAUUUUCCCAUUCCUAGUGUCAUAUUCUUGACAGUCCUCAGCAGAAAAGACCAUACCACUUUCCAGAAGCGUUAUGGAGCUUCAGAAAUUGCCAGUGGAUCUCAGCUUUCGUUUCUUCAGUAGUGAGACAAUGGUGCUCUAAUGCAGCCUUCUUGAGCCAUCAGCGUGUAUGUUCACCCCUCUGACUGUCCAAUUGGCAAGGGGCAGGUUGAGGAACUUUGUAGAUCCCUGAGCAUACAGACAAGGUCAGCCUCCUGCUGCUUGUUCUGCUUUUAGGAACCUUGGCUACCAUGUGUCCUUUUCAUUGAGGAUAUUCAGUCAGGGGAGAGCAUCUGAGCAUGGUCCUACUCCUCAGUGGCUUUGCAGUUGGACAUAAGACCCUUGACCUUUACAGAUUGCAGAUUUUCAUCUGCAAGAUGAGGCUAGUGAAAGGAAAAAAGUGAGCCUCUAGAAAUUCAAAACAAAACAAAAUCAUAAAACUUGUGAUACAUUUCUUUUGUCAUAUCUCUGGCUUCUAUCCAAGCAAAGCCAAAUAAGAUCCCCCAAAUCAAAGCAGAGACAUUCUUGUUGAAACUUGACUGAGCUCAAUCUGUUUUACUCUUGCUGGGUGACUGUAGUGGGAGAUAGAGAUUGCCCUAAGUCUUGGGCAGUAGGGCUGUUUAUUCCUACACUCUCUUCCCCCUGAAUCAUUCCAAGAUGCCUGGAAACAAGGUCUGCAAGUACUUAGAACACUUUCUUGAUGAAAUGAUAAAGGAGAGACCCAUUUUUUCCUUAUCACUUAACCCAGCCUAGCUUUACCUAAGCACACUAGGAAAAUGUGUUACCCUAGCUAGCUUUGCUCCUGGGAAAGCUCUGUUUGAACAUGCUGCUCUUUAGGAUGAUUGCAUUUAUGGAACAUCUGCUCUGUGACAUUCACAAUAUCAGGGGUCACGGGAGACCUCAGAAAUGUAUGUAAGACCUAGUCUGCUGCCGUAAUUUGUAGUCUGAAGGUGAUGAAAAAACCCAGUACAGAACAAACCAAGACAACAGAUGAACAGAGCCCUGGCAUAUUGGGAUUAAGAGCCUUCUAGCUAGAAUCUAAACCCAUGCUAUGGGUAAAUGUGGGGGUUCUGGGACUCCCAAAGUCAAGGUUCCAGCUUCACCGCUGACUUGGUUGAAACUUAGUGUGAGACCUGGUUUACACCUUGGUCUCCUAAUUAAAAAGGAGAAGAAUCAAAAUACUGUCUUUAGGUGAUGAGCUCCCUUUUCUGGUAGCAUUUAAACAUUUGCCAGGGUGUGCUUGAAAGGGAUUCCUACAUUAAGUGUGAUGUUGGUCUAGAUAACAUCAGAAAUUCUUUUUUUUACUCAAAGAUUUAAUGGGAACACAGAGCUUGUUAACGAAGGAGACCUGUGUGUUAAAAUGCUGCAGAUAGAUCCCAUGGUCCUCUCCGCAAGGAACUGUAGCCAGCAGGAGCCCAAACUUCAGCAAGAAGUGAACACGGUUCAAAUACCAAUGAGGCAAGAGCCAUGAAUCUGAGUGAAAGGUAACAGGCAGGGCCAUGCCAGAGAGAUGGAAGUAGGUGUUCUCCUAAUCCUCAGGAGAACACACCAGGAGUUUUCAAGUGUGCAUUCUGGUCUCCUUUCCCUCCACCUAUCCUCUACAAGGUAGAACUCCAGGCCAGCUCUAGAUUUUGUUUGCUUAAGAUUCAAGAGUGGAUCCAUAAAAUGCCCUCAGUGGAAAAGUUAAGUCCAAUGGGAAGGUUUGAAUGUGUGGAGAAACUUUGUCCAUCGAGGGUUCCUGAGAGAAACUGUCCAUUUAACUGCAGUUGAAGUACCUGAGGAUUCGUUGUCAUGACCAGACAAGACAGGAGAACCCAGAAAUGUGCUCUUCAUCAGUCUGCCCCCUGGGCUAAGACAUCUGUCACACAACACAAAUAAGCAUAUCUCCUCGGAGUAGAUUGAGAUAUGGACUAUAACCAGAUUCACUCUUUGCUUACUAAGUAUUUCAUUGUCACCAUUAGAUGAGCCUCUGUUUCAGCCACAGAUGUGAAAAUAAAUGGAAGUUGAUUGCUUGUCUAGAAAGUGA